CUUCCAUACCUCAGCACACACCAAGGCGCACACUCUCAGCCACGAAGAGGGACACUCACUCCCGCUAAUCACUGGUGGGAUGGAGGGGGGCUAACCAGCGUGGACAUUUUCUAUCUUCCUUCCUUUGCUCGUUCUACGUGUGUGUGUUUUUUCUGCCGUUCCGAGGCUGUUUGUGGAGUGCCGGGAACGAUGCCGGCGCACUCUUGAUUGGACUGCUUGGCCAGAAGGAAAGAAGAGGCAAAGUGAUUUAGACAAUGUGCUGUGGCCGUCUCAGCACCAGCCGAUGACAGCCUGAAAAGUGAGGUGAAUCUGUUGAUUUCGCAGCUGAUUUGUGCGUCACCGCCGCCACCAACAUGCCUCGAUCAGGAGAUCAGCACCACCGCCACGACUUCCUACCUCUGCCUCAUCACUUGGGCCCCCUGAGGUCCCCAUGACUCCAGGCCAGCUGGCCCACGACUACCCCGUCAACUUCCACUGCUGUCGGAAACAUCCGGACACCGGGCGCUGCCGACCCGGGACGACCCGGGACCAUUUUUGCCCUUGAUGCAUGGAUCCCGACAGAACUGGGGGCAGAGGAAUGAGGACGAACAUGUUCCUCUGGUGGAUUUUACUGCUUUUCUCCCAAGGAUUUGUAUUUCAGUGCGUCCGCGGGGAACUUCCGUUCAUCUCGGAGAAUAACGCUGCCAUGCUGGUCAACUGGAAUGCUGUUGACGGAAACAAGAAGUUGUUUGCCAUCUAUGACACAAGCGUCAACGAACCGGGGAACAUGUCCUUUGUGAAAGAGACGGUGGAUAAACUACUGAAGGGAUAUGAUAUUCGACUAAGGCCGGACUUUGGAGGCGCCCCGGUUGCUGUUGGAAUGAGCAUAGACGUGGCGAGCAUAGACAUGGUGUCAGAAGUCAACAUGGACUACACGUUGACCAUGUAUUUCCAGCAGUACUGGAGGGACAAGCGUCUCGCCUAUGUGGGCAUCCCCCUCAACCUGACCCUGGAUAACCGGGUGGCUGACCAGCUUUGGGUCCCUGACACCUACUUCCUCAACGACAAGAAGUCCUUUGUCCACGGAGUCACCGUCAAGAACCGCAUGAUCCGGCUGCACCCAGACGGCACGGUUCUCUACGGCCUCAGGAUCACCACAACAGCAGCCUGCAUGAUGGAUCUGAGGAGGUAUCCCCUGGAUGAACAAAACUGCACUCUGGAGAUAGAAAGCUAUGGCUACACCACGGACGACAUUGAAUUCUACUGGAAGGGAGGAGAGACGGCGGUGACCGGGGUGACGCGCAUCGAAUUGCCUCAGUUCUCCAUUGUCGAUUACAAGUUGGUGUCCAGAAAUGUAGUGUUUUCCACAGGUGCCUAUCCUCGACUGUCCCUGAGCUUCAAGCUGAAGAGGAACAUCGGCUACUUCAUCUUGCAGACCUACAUGCCGUCCAUCCUGAUUACCAUCCUCUCCUGGGUCUCCUUCUGGAUAAACUACGAUGCCUCCGCCGCCAGAGUGGCUCUAGGGAUCACCACGGUGCUGACCAUGACCACCAUCAACACCCACUUGAGAGAGACGCUGCCCAAGAUCCCCUACGUCAAGGCCAUCGACAUGUACCUGAUGGGCUGCUUCGUCAUGGUCUUCCUGGCCCUGCUGGAGUACGCCUUCGUCAACUACAUCUUCUUCGGAAGGGGCCCGCAGAUGCAGAAGAAGCUGGCGGAGAAGGCCGAGAAGGCCAACAACGAGAGGGCAGCCAAGUAUGACUCCGCAAGGGCGGAGCCGCACGGCCACGGGAACAUCCUGCUGACCACCCUGGAGAUCCAUAACGAGGUGGCGGGGAACGAGAUCACCACCAGCGUGGCGGACAUAAGGAACUCUCAGUCCAUGGUGCAGUUGGACAGCACGGCCUCGUCGCACAUCCAGUACCGCAAGCAGAGCGGCGGGAUCGGCCCGCGCUCGGCCAGCCGGCACUCCCUGGACCGGGCCGCCCAGAUGAAGCGCAGCCGUCUGCGGAGGCGGUCUUCCCAGCUGAAAAUCAAAAUCCCCGACCUGACAGAUGUGAAUGCCAUCGACCGCUGGUCACGGAUCAUCUUCCCCUCUGUUUUCUCGCUGUUCAACCUCGUCUACUGGCUCUACUAUGUCUAAUUGGACUGUUUUGUCUAGGUGUUUGUUGUUGUUGUUUGUUUGUUUGAUUUUUUUUUUUUUUUUUUUUUUUUUUUCGGUUUUGAUUUGUUCUCUUUUUUUUUUUUCCUUUUCCGUUGCUUUUUUUACGUAAUGGAAUCUGCCGAGAAAACAGACUGCGACAAUACAGAGGAAAAAAAAAACUGACUCAGAAAGACUACAGAUGCUUGGACCAACUUCUCAUCAAAAUUCUUUUUAUAUCUUUGCAGUCUUUGAAUCCUUCGUACCAAAAUCUUUUUUUUUUGUUUGUUUUGUUUUUCUUUUUUUUUCAUAAGUAUGUACUGUAAUUGGGACUUGUUAAUGUCAUUUCCCAACAUUCGCCCUCUCAGUAAUUUGUAAAUAGAGAGAUGCAGAGCCAGCAAUUGAAUAAACAAUACCGUAUUUGCAAAAAUCAACAAUAGACACGAAAGCACUCAACGAUUUUUUUAAAUCACAAAAAAAAAGACCACCAUUGCGAAAAACGACUAACCUUUAUACAACACAGGCGGUCAGAUAAGUGCAGACAAUUUUAAUUUCAUUAAGCUAAUGUAAUGUAUGUUUUACUGGUACCCUAUGCAGUAAUAAUGCAUGUAAUGAUCAGCCAUAGUGAAAACAAUGAUUCCUUUUUGCCUUGGGUUAUAUUACAUUUUCAGAGUGCAGAUCAGAUGCUCUUUUUCAAAGGAAAACUCCUGUUGAUGUGUAUUUGUGUAUAGUGUUGCUAUUAUAGUUGUUAUUAACUAUAUCAUGUAUUGAUCUGGUGAACCUUUAUUCAAACGUAUUUAUUUGAAGUUGAGGACUUAGUUCUCUCUUUCAGGAUGAUUGUGACUCAGGUUCUGAAUUUUGCUAUUUGGCAUCUUUUCCUCGAAAAAAGAAAAGUGUCAUUCAAAUACCCUUUUGGUAAUUUGAUAAGGGGGGGAAAAAAAAGCACAAAAGUGAAUGAAACUGCCAUUUUUUUUUCACUUCACUCUUUUACCUUCUAGCGACAGUGCUUCGAGUGAUAGCAUGACAGAAUUGCACUCUAUUUCAAAAAAAUCGAUCCGAUUCCUCUAAAGCUGUCUUACUUUCGUUUAAAACAACUGCCAAGGGCCUUGUGGGCGAUACCGUUAUUACUCAAGUCAUGAAAUAUUAUAAUAUUUUUGUACUCUGUGUCUUCAGGUAUUCAUUUUGUUUCCUAACCCGUCUUGCUGAAAACAUAUUUAUGCUCACAUCAAUAUGAGAGAGGUCAAACUUUGAGACUAUUGUGUUGAUAGUGGUACAGUGGAGGGAUGACACGCAUUGUUUGUACAUAAGUACAUAGUUGUGUAUAUAAAUAUAUAUAUACAUAUAUAUAUACUGUGUGUACAACCAAAAAUGAAAAUGACAUAUUCAGCAUUUUGUGAUUGUCAUACUGACUAUUAACUGUCAGACUAUUUAGUGCAAAAAAAAAAAAAAAAAAAGACAUCAAUUAAACAAACCGAGAGGUCAACUCAAACAUAAUCACAUUAGUUUUUGACGUUUCAGACGUUUUUUGUGGGGCACUCUAAAUCCAUUUCUUUUAUCAAACAUCCGACCAUCUUGAGACGCCACUCUAGAUACUGUACAGCGCGCUGCAUCUCAGAGCCGCCGUAUGCCCGGCCAUACAGCGGCGAGCGAUGCAGUAAUGGAUUUCAUCGAUUCCAUCGUGACGGACCAUGACAGAGCAGUACGGCGGUCUGUCGACUAAUAAGCACAUACUAGCAUUGAAUGUAUCAGUUCCAUUCUUCAGGGAGAGGAUAAUGAGCCAUGGUCAUCAUUUCUCCAUCAGAAUCAGAAUGUAAAAUGCCCAGUCUCGUGUUGUGACGCUAAACAGAGGAAAGAGGAGAAAGGGAAGGGGUGGUGAAUGAGUGUGUGCGUGUGUGUAAAUGUGUGUGUGUGUGUGUGUGUGUGUGUAAUAGAGAGACAGCCAGACACGCUUGGAAGCGGAUAAGGAGCGCCUGAGAGAGGAAGGGCGUGGGUAGACUCAUUUCUUUUCUGUGCUGCUUGCUCGACGAUGAACAAAUGUCAAAAUAUGAUAAUUUUGUGAUGAAAAUGACUCUCCUGUUUGACUCUUACUAUGACGAAACUGUGCCAUUCCACCGUAGGUCGCAGAGCAAUCAGCCAGGUGCAACUUAUGGACGACGAUGUAAAUCUGAAGCAUUCUCUUGUUCAAUCGUAGUUACAUGAUGCACAUCCACUAUUCAUGCAUGUACAUGAAUACAUGUAGAGAAGAAAAAAAAAAAUAUUUUGCUACUUGAUGACAGUGCGUUUCGGUGUGACUGUGAGAAUGCCAGUGCUUCAUAAUGCUGGUCUAUACAAGAGCCAUGAAUAGUCAGAGUUGGGAUCAAUUCACCUUUAACUCCAUUUCCAGUUCCAUUCAGGAAGUUUCAGGAGUUUUUAUCGGGAAAAAAUAUGAGUAAAUUGCAAAGUUUUAUGACGCAGAAUGCUUCUUGUGUCCAAUCUGACUCAUGACUAACUAAGAACUGAAUGUAUUGUUGUAUCACAGCUGCAAUUUACUCUCUCUCUCUUUGCGCUUACGGGGAAGGAAUUGACCUCAACCCUGAUUAAUAUACGACUCAAGUUUAUUCCACAUCCAAGUGACCGCAAGUCCCUUUCUGGUUUCCAGUCCCGUUUUCUACUGUGUAGAUGGGGCUAAGUGUAGAUCUGGCCUGGGUCCCAUAUGAAAGACAUCUGUACUUACAGAUGAGUGUUAAAUACCAAUGAAAUGAUAUCUAUUACUCUGAGUGGUUGUUUUUUUUCUUUUUUUUAUUUGUUUUUUUGUUUUUUGUUUUAUUUUUUUGGACUGACCCAUGAAUAAGCCAAGACAUGUCUCUCUAGAGGACGUCUUGCCUUCGGGGACGCAACCCUUGGUGUUUUGCGCGCAAAGCAGUGUUUCACGGUUUCAUGCAUUCGAGGUGAAGAGUGGCGGUGUGCUGUUACUGUAACAAAACAGAGAGCCAGUUAAUCCCAAAGAUGUUUAAAACUGCUCUAUGUAGUUUUCCAACCCGUGAAAUGUCAAAACAGUCAAGGAUAGCGCUCCAGUGCUUUUUAAAUGAAGCAUUAUGAUGAGAAAAGUGGAUCCCUGGGAAUGUGAAGCCAGAGAGUCGCUGUUUUAUUGUGGUGGCUCUAGUUUCUGACCACAUUUACAAUGCAAAGAAACAUCUAGACUUAUCCCAUUUUUUCGGAUAUGAAGUAUGUGUUUACAAACGAUUACGGAAUCAGUCAGUUUUAUUAAAAAAAAAACUACAUAGUGCAGUUUGAAAGCGCAAGAGAGGCAAAUGUGUACUUCUUUAUCAUGCAUGCAACCACAAUUUGUUCCCGGUAAAAUAAUAACAAUAAUAAUAAUAAUAACGAUUUUUUUUUAUUGAAAAAAAUGUAUUUUGCAAACUCAUUUAUCCAUAAGAGCUGCCAACUGCUCGUUUUAGAGAUGACAACAUGCCAAGUGAGCCUACUUUAAAAUGAAAA